CCUAUUUUUAUGCAGAGUUCAAGGGAGAAGGGCAGAAGCAGUAAGGAAUCGUUGCCAUAAUUGAUGAAGCGGAGGCGAGAGAGGAAACUUUGGCGUUGCAGAGAAAUUACCAUUAAAAAUUGAUGUUUUGAGAUUCACAAGUUUUUGCACCAAUUAAGAGAGGGCGAAAGCGAAAGAGAGAGAAAGAUAGAGGAUAGGAGGGAGAGAGAGAGAGAGAGAGAGAGAGAGAGAGAGAGAAAGAGAGAGAGAGGGAGGUGAGGGUAGAGAUGGGAAGGAGGCUUUAAAUGUCGGCACAUGGGUUGGAAGGAGGGCUACAAGAAAGAGCUGCGGCUGCUCCUCUUAUCUGCCUCCUAGUCCUUGAUACGCAGGAAGCUUCACGUGUUCUGGCUUUUCAUCUCUUUACCGAUCGCUUUCUGUUUUCUUUCUUGGGCAUCGGGAACGGCAGGGAAGAAGAAAGGAGAGGACUUUUGGUCUAUUUUACCGUUUCUGCGGUUCUUUGUUUGUUUUGUUGUUUUGCUGUAACUCUGUUGUUAGUAGAGAUGGAAGAAAAGAAAUCGUCUUUUGUUGACGAGUUUUUCCCUGAAAAGGAGGCAGCUUUGCCGUCAAAAUCCGAUAUUUUGAGCUCCAUCUUCCCUCCACGAUCACCGGUUGCUCGAAAGGAUUCAUUUCGUGGUGACUUAGGGGAAGUGAGGGCAAGAAGGCAAGGGAAUGAGGGCCUGAGUUUGACCGAACAGAUGGGAGCUUCAAGUGGCAGUUUUCAGUCUAGCCCUCGUAAGAACCAGGAGGGGUUGAAGACGAACAAUGAACCCAACGUACCCCGUGACAUAGCAGAACCUUUUCCUAUGAGCUCAUCUGUGUUUUAUGGUGGCCGGGAUAACUUAAUACCUGAGAGUGCAUCUUCCUACAAAUCUGGAAGCACAUACAAUUACAAGAAUGACAGUGAAGAUGGUAGUAAUUCCGAUGCGGCUAAUCGUGGGGAAUGGUGGCAAGGUUCCUUCUACUAUUGAAGAAGCUUCAGAAAUUUUACUUGAAACAAAAGUGUAUAUUUUUGUUUCAUGGAGGGCUUAUGGAAAUAUAUGACUCCUUAUUUAGGUAGGAUCUGGAUCUACUCCUAGUGGAACAGAGGACCUUUAUCAAACUCUGUUGCUACUUUUAUUUAUCCAGGAAGUUUGAUCGUUUAUCUUGCUUUCAAGACAUUUUUAUCUUUUUAAUGUAUCUAUUUAUGAUGUCUUCAGCCCCAACUUUAAAUAUGUUGGGAGCAUGGAAGGCCGCUUAACUAAUGUAUGUUUUAUCUUCCAAGAAGUCAAGUAAGGUUAUGUUUGAUGAGUGGGUACUUAUAAAAGUUGAUUUUGGAUGUUCGUUCUAAAUUUUAAUAUGUUUUGGUACCUGUAAGAAUAAUAGCUGUUUCACU